GAAAGAGAACGAUUUAUGGGGCGCCCUCUGUUGUCGGGAUGUAAACAACAAAUUUACCGGCGUUUUUCACCACUCACUGAACAUUGCGAUCCGUGACUUGCCGUAGGACGUGUUUUGACAAUGAAGAGACAUCAGAUCCCCGUUGAGCUUCCAGAGUAUGACUACCCACCACAGUGGAUCCCGCCGGAAGAGAGGAUUGGGCAUGCUGAUUAUGAUAACAACUUGACACAGUUUCUCCUACGAUCGGUUCGCUUCACAAGGAGCAGACAUUCAGGACAGCUUGGUUUCAACAUUCGAGGGGGCAAGGAGCAUCGGUGUGGUAUCUAUGUCUCCAGGGUCAUUCCAGAGUCCAGUGCUUUCAGAGUAGGCAUGAAGCGUGGGGAUCUGGUCCUGAGUGUCAACAGCAUGGACUUCACCAAUAUCACGCAUGAUGAGGCUGUGAAAAUACUCAAGUCUGUCAAGGAGAUUGACAUCAAGCUGAAAUACAGUCCGUUUGGCUACAACAAAACCUAUGAGAGAGUAGAAAGUCCCCAACAUCAUCCAUACAACGAAAAGUGAAUUCCCUCACUGUCCGAUCUUGAAAUAUCCUUCAAAAUUAGAAAAUUUUAAUGGAUUUGCAAAUCGUGAAUAUUUCUUUAUUUUUUUUGCUAACAGCUGGUAAGUUGGUGAAUUUAAUUCCUCUUAUUUAGCAGUUCCAGCGUUAUGAAAGGAAGUGUAAUGUCCGUGACAGAACCAAUGAACUGUUUUGAUAUCUAGUUACUGAUUCAGAGAAAUGAUCCCAAACUCCUAGUCUGUAAUCUCCUUGACCA